UACCUAGUGAUGGCUAUAUCUAGCAAGCAAAGUCUGCCAAGUGUAGUUUUAAAGUUAUCUGUUCUGUUUUUCUAGAGUUUUUAAAAGCUGUUUGUCAGUUUAAACCAAAAGAAUGUGAACAUGUAUUUGGAAGGAAAACAAAUGUGUCAUUUUCUAGAAUCAAGUUGGAAAAGUUGAUGAACUUGGUUAGGGGAUACAACACCUGCAGGAGCAGAACUCAAUCCAUCGCAGAACCCCCUUCUGGUUCUUUACCCUAUUUUCCUUUAGGUAAUUCCAGUCAAACAGGAAUGGAAGAAAGAUCAUUCUAAUCUGAUUGACAGCACUUCCUCUUUUAAUCCUAACUAUUACCUGCUUUAGGGUUGGCUCUGAAGGAGUCAGUCGGGUGUCUACCUAUCUGCCACCAGCCAAACACAGGGCUACAACAUGUAAAAUGCUGGGUUUGCUUCUGCUUUAACAAUUAUGUGGAAGAUUCAUUUCCGUCCUACCACCUUGGCUACCCACUCAAAUUAUUUUCAACUGUAAAAGAAACUUCCUCGAUGUGUAUUUCAAUCACAGAGUGCUAUAGCUGUACUAAAGAUCCUGAAGCUCCUCCCUCCGAGGUGAGUGGGGUGCGGGGCUGGAUGAGCAGUGGAAAGCCCUGGGGUGUGCGGUUUAAGGGUGAGCUGCCAGCAGCCCUGCAGACCCCAGGGGCCGCAGCCUGUCCCCAUGUGUCCCCAGUGCUGCCUGUGAGCGAAGCGCUGCCCGGUCCCGCCGGGUCCCCGGGUGCGCUCCUGCCCCGCAGCCGGCGCACGCAGGACCCGCUCGGUGCUGCGGUGCGCCCGGGGCUGCGCUCGGCGCUCCGGCCGGGCCGUGCCCGCGUCCCUGUGUCCCUGUGCCGCCGCUCCCGCCCCUCCCUUCCCCUCCCCUCCCCUCCGGCCCGGCCCCCGCGGGAGGCGGCCGCUCCUUCCCUCCCUCCUUCCUUUCCUUCCCCGUCGCUCCGCUGCCGGCCCGCGGGCGGCUCGGCGGCCAUGCGGGCGGCACAGCCGCGCUCCCGGCAGCAGACCCUGGCCCUGCGAAGGCAGCUCGUCGGCUCUUCUUGCAAGCUGUUUUUUCCUAAUGAUCCAGUGAAGAUCAUGAAGGCAAAAGGCCAGUAUAUGUAUGAUGAGAAUGGGAGACAGUACCUUGACUGCAUAAACAAUGUGGCUCAUGUUGGACACUGUCACCCUGAUAUAGUAAAGGCAGCCCAUGAACAGAAUCAAUUGUUAAAUACAAAUUCUCGUUACCUUCAUGACAACUUGGUUGAUUAUGCAGAGAGACUUUCAAAAACACUACCUGAAAAAUUAUGCAUCUUCUAUUUUUUGAAUUCUGGAUCUGAAGCCAACGAUCUUGCCCUGAGAUUGGCACGGCAGUACACAAAACAUGAGGAUGUUAUCGUUUUAGACCAUGCUUACCAUGGACAUCUGACAUCUUUGAUUGACAUAAGCCCAUAUAAAUUCAGAAAUCUAGAAGGACAAAAGGAAUGGGUCCACGUGGCUCCUGUUCCAGACACAUACAGAGGACUUUAUAGAGAAGAUCAUGAAGAUUCAGUAACAGCCUAUGCUGAUGAAGUAAAAAAUAUUAUUGAGCAUGCACAUAAGAGAGGCAGAAAGAUUGCUGCAUUUUUUGUUGAAUCUCUACCAAGUGUUGGUGGUCAAAUCAUUCCCCCAGCAGGAUAUUUUCAGAAGGUUGCAGAGCAUGUGCACAAGGCAGGAGGUGUAUUUAUUGCUGAUGAAAUUCAAGUUGGCUUUGGCAGGGUUGGCAAGCACUUCUGGGCAUUCCAGCUUCAGGGAGAAGAUUUUAUACCUGAUAUUGUCACUAUGGGGAAGCCAAUAGGGAAUGGGCACCCACUUGCUUGUGUAGCAACAACAAAAGAAAUUGCAGAAGCAUUUGCGGCCACAGGAGUAGAGUAUUUUAAUACAUUUGGUGGGAACCCUGUUUCAUGUGCCAUUGGAUUAGCUGUGUUAGAUGUAAUUGAGAAGGAACACCUUCAGACUCAUGCCACAGAGGUAGGCAACUUCUUGAUGAAGACACUCAAGGAGCAGCAACUCAAGCAUUCCAUCAUUGGUGAUGUCAGAGGUUGUGGCUUAUUCAUUGGAGUGGACUUAAUCAAGGACCAAGCAGAAAGGACUCCAGCCACAGCAGAAGCAGAGGAUCUAGUAACAAGACUUAAGGAAAAAUAUAUUCUACUGAGUACAGAUGGGCCAGGAAGAAAUGUGCUGAAAUUCAAGCCCCCAAUGUGUUUUAAUAUGGAGGAUGCAAAAUUUGUUGUGGAGACAAUUGACAAAAUACUAACAGAUAUGGAAAAAGAAUGUCUGAACCAACAGAAAACACCUAUUUGUUCCACCUGAGCAGUUUGCAGGAAUUUCUGGGAAUCUCCAAGCAUAGACCACACUUGUGUACAUCCAGCAUUCAGAACUGCCUUCCAUUGGUCUGACCCUCCCAGCAACACUGUGUGCAUCACUUGUUGUAAGCCAGGGCCAACAUGUCCCAGACAUGACUGUCUCUAGAGCAUGCAAAUGACUGCACAGCCACACAAACUUUCUGCUUGCUGCUCAGUGCCUUCAGGCUCCAGCCAGAAGCUGGUCCAGAUGCAUAACCACUUCUCAGCAGAUCUCCCCUUAAGUGUCAUUUCAGGUUCACAGCUGGCAUCUCAUCCUUCAGGAUCCAUUUACCCCUAGACUCAAAAGUUUGUGGGUAUCAAGAGUAAGAUUGGUCUUGUUAAGUCUUCAAAGCCUUGUUAUGUCUUCAUCUCUUGAGGUCCCUCAGUAGG